GAAGCUGCGGGGCCGCUCCUUUCUCCCGCCCGCCCGGGAGCUGCGGGGGCACCGGUCGGGGGGCGACCACCCGGUGGGCCCGCCCCGCUAAGGACACCGCUCCCCGGGCCGCUCCUUCUUACCCCUGCGGCCCCGCGGACAGGCCUUCGGCCCCCCUCGGCCUGCGGGAAGGUGAUCCGGCUGCGGAAGCCGGCCCGCUUGGUCAACAGCGGGGGCCUCGCGACAGAACUUCCCUCGGAUCGACGGAGGAGGCUUUACAUCCCCUGUGGCCCAACCACAAGCGACAUCUGUUUCUGUGGAUUCCGUCUUCCCCGCUGGCCAGCAUGGUUUGCCAGCGGAUCCCCGGCCUCUGAGCUCAGGGAGGAGACGGCCGAUUGCAGAAUGACCACAGAACCCAUUAAGGAGGUCGUAGGGGCACCCAAGGGCCCCGAGCCCGCCGCGAUGGAGAAGAGUCUCAGCGAGGGGGCGGUCACCUCGGUGCCCCUGGUGAGCGAGAUCCAGCUGACGGCCGCCACGGGGGGAGCCGAGCUCUCUUGCUACCGCUGCACCAUCCCCUUCGGCGUGGUCAUCCUCAUCGCCGGGAUGGUGGUCACUGCCGUGGCUUACAGCUUCAACUCCCACGGCUCCAUCAUCUCCGUCUUCGGACUGCUCCUCCUGUCCUCGGGUGUCCUGCUCUUGGCCUCCAGCGCCUUGUGCUGGAAGAUCAGGCAGAGGCACAAGAAGGGCAAGAGGCGGGAGAGCCAGACGGCCCUCGUGGUCAACCAGAGGAGCCUCUUCGCCUAGGGACGCCUCGGACUCCGGGGUCCCCUGUGGCGACUCCCCCGGACCCACGUAGGAAGAAGCGGGAUGUCCGGGAUGGGAAUUACCCCGAGAAGGAUGGAGAGAUGCUCUUGGGAUCGUCUCGUGCCUCUAAUGACGAGAGGGGCCGGUGUUCGCGAAGACUGGAAAAAUGACCUCUCCGCCCUGUCCCCGAAGGCACUGAAGGGCAGAGGAGGAGCUGGCGCCGCGCCAGCGUCCGGGGCCGGACGUCCCCGACGACCGACGCGGAGUUCCAGCUCUGCCGACCGUCGUCCCCACGGCGAGGUCGACCUGGCGAGACGUCGGGACCGGCUUUGAGGGUCGGAGGGACACCUCCGAGUUCCCCCACGUUUCCUGGAAACGCUCCGAUCUUCCCGAAACUCGCUCGUCGUAUCUGCGGGUCUCUGCCCGUGUUUCUCUUCCGAUAAAUUAUCGUCGACGGUACUUUUCCUCGAACGCUAAACUCGGUAGGUUUGGCCGUCGGCUAGAAGGGGGUCGCCAUCCGCUCGAAUGCAGCGUGGUGGGAGUCGUCGAGGACCGAGCCCGGGCAGGAAAGCUCCUUUUUUGUAAAUUAAUUUUAACGUGAUCCCGUCUAGCACUUUCGAUGAUUUUUAUAUAAAAGUUUUAAAAAAUGUACACUUCAUUUAAAAUAAUAAACACUCCGUGCUGCUAGA